AGUCGUGGCCUCACAGAAAGAAUGCCCAUGUUGCAAUAGAGGACACACCCCCCCCCCUAAGCUUGACACCAUCGAAGCAAGGAGAGCUGCAGACACUCGGUACAAGUCGCAGGCACAUCAAACCAGUCGGCUCCGCUCAAGGUGGAAAACGGCGAACAGUUAAAACAUUCAGAUUCGCCAACAUGGGGGCUGUCGUCUCUCGGUGGAGGGCCAAACCUUCCACUGUGGAGAUGUUGGAGGGAAUAGAUAAGGACAUUCAGCUUUAUGAGAAACACGGCGAAAAAUACCAAAGGCAGCUGAAGAUUUGGCUUGGCCGGCUGCUUUUGCACUCUGCUCUUCUCUACUUGAUCACCUGCAUAGUGGUGUAUCACUGGUACCUGCCCGAACAGCUCAUGGGGCGCUUCAUUCUUGCUCUUCCCUUUGUCAUAUUUCCUUUAUUAGUGUGGUUGCUUCGAAAACUCCUGAUAGUAAUAUUUUCUCGAAGAACCAAAAAGAAUAAUGAAAAACUGGAGAAUCUUAAAGUGCAAAAGAAGAAAAUUCUUGAAGAAGUUAUGGAAACGGAAACAUAUAAAAAUGCAAAAAUGAUUCUGGAAAGAUUUGAUCCUGAUUCCAAGAGGAGAAUGGAGUUGGAAUCGACGCCCCUCGGACCCCAGAUGACGCCUAAACCAGGGCAAGAGAUUCGCCAGCGCAAUGUCAAUCCGCAAACCCCGGUGGUAGUGAAUCCUGGGAGCGGCGUAGCGGCCCGCCCUCCUCUUUCCGGUGGGCCCACCUACCCUGGACGAUCUUCCCACUCCGCUCCAGGAGGACCCCCAGAGAGGGGCCUGUCGGCCGUGGCUGCUCAGCAGAGCUUGAUGAGGAAGCUUGUGACCCCUGGAACACCUGCUCCAGGAUUUGGGAUGCACCCCCCAGGCCCACCCCUGGCCAGACCAGUUCUUCCAAGGCACAGAGGGGCUAUGGACAGACUCAUUGAGUACCUUGUUGGAGAUGGUCCACAGAACAGAUUCGCUCUCAUAUGCCAGCAGUGUGUGUCCCACAAUGGCAUGGCAUUAAAAGAGGAGUUUGAAUAUGUCGCCUUUCGAUGUGCAUAUUGUUAUUUCCUGAACCCUGCCAGAAAGACCAGACCUCAAGCACCCAGACUCCCCGAGGUCACUGGUGAGCUCAAGAUGUCUUCUGAGGCCCCCUCCUCAACGUCCAGUGCUGACGAAGAUCCCUCGCAGGCUGUUAAUGAGGACAUGCAGGAUGCAGCACCCCCAACUCCCCCAGAGUCCAGUCCUGAGUCUGACCAUCAAAGCACUCUCGAGUCACAAGACGAGAAAUCUGAUAGAGAGCAAGAUUUGUCUGCCAUGGAGGUGGACGAAAGUAGGCCUGUUCCACAUCAUCUGGAACUUUGAUGAAAGAGGUUUAAUAAGUAUUGCCGAUUUUCGGAGUAGCGCAGAAACCACCAAGUCUUACUGUGGUUUUCAAUGUUUGCAGCCCUUUGCUUUGGCAAGCGUUUUUAUGGUAGUGAUGAAUUGUUUGGUACAAGACACUGGUAGGAUCCUCCUCACCAACCUGUUUUCCUAACAGCCUUGUCUGAUACGCUGGAGUUUGCAUCGGGCAUGUUUACCUCUGUAUUUGAAAUAUCUUAAUAGGAAACUGUUAAUGAAACAUUAUAUUGAUGAUGUUAUUGAUACAAUUUUUAUUUAUGAGGUCCAUUGACUGCUGUGCCUUAACUAGUUGUUGACUGGGGUACUGUGUAGCAAAGUGGUGCAACCAGCAUGUUUACACAAAACGGUACAUAAAGAAUGCACUUACAAUGUUUUUUUUGUUUUGUCCCCCCCCUUACACACACACACACACACACACACAAACAAACAGGUAAGAGAGAUUAACGUCGGUACUGUGCCCCUGCUGGAAGUGCCUUUUCCGUUUUAAAUGGCUUCCUCUUGAGUGUUUUUGAUGCAACCCUAUUUACAUUUAGACAAUCCCUUUGUGUUUUUAGUCAAGUGAAUGAAUGUCUGUUUGCUGUGAAUGUGUCAGUUUUUCAAGUGAAAAUAAUAUUAAAAUACACUU